AAUCAGUCAAGCAACCCAAACGUCUCUCUCUCUCUCUCCUCCAUUUCCUUAGUCCCCUUCCCUCUCUAUCCAUUUACAUGUAUGUGUUUCUUGAUCUGUAACUUGAACUUUCUCUGACAAUCUCCAUAGUUGAAGGACUGGAAGUUGGAAAAACCUAUUUCGGAUAGGAAGCCAGUUGAGGAAAAGCUGUGACAAUCCUGAUGCAAUGAAUUUGAGACAACGCCCACAAGCCACGCGCGGCCGUGGGCCUCCUUACGCUCAGCACGCGCCACCACCACCGCCUUCGCAUUUUCAGGAACAUUUCAACAUAAUACCCAUCCACAACCUCUUAAUCGACCACCCUUCUCUCCGGUACCCCGAGAUACGCGCAGCUGCUGCCGCCCUACUCACCGUCGGAGACCUCCGGAAACCACAGUUCAGUCAAUGGCACGACCACAUGGACCUCAUGGACUGGUUAGGCCUUUUCUUUGGCUUCCAAAACGACAACGUACGGAACCAGAGGGAACACUUGGUUCUCCACUUGGCCAACUCCCAAAUGCGCCUCCAACCACCAUCAGCCGCCUUGGACCACCUCGACGCCACCGUGCUCCGCCAUUUCCGGCACAAGCUGCUCAGCAACUAUACUUCAUGGUGUUCUUAUCUCGGCAAAAAGUCCCAAAUUCGUCUCCCAAAUCGCCAAAACCCCGACGUCCAACGUCGGGAAUUACUGUAUGUUUGUCUAUUUCUCUUGAUAUGGGGUGAAGCUGCGAAUCUUCGAUUUAUGCCUGAAUGUUUAUGCUACAUAUAUCAUCACAUGGCAUUAGAACUUAAUUACGUUCUUGAUGAUCAUAUAGAUGAAAAUACUGGUCGCCCUUAUAUUCCUUCAUUGUCGGGUCAAAAUGCAUUUUUAGAUAAUGUAAUUACACCAAUUUAUGUUACGAUUAAGGGCGAGGUUGAGAGGAGUAGAAAUGGGACUGCACCUCAUACAGCUUGGAGAAAUUAUGAUGAUAUCAAUGAGUAUUUCUGGAGUAGGAGGUGUUUUCGGAGAAUAAAGUGGCCUAUUGAUGUUUCAAGCAAUUUUUUUUUGACAAGUGGGGAGAAGAGAGUUGGGAAGACAGGGUUUGUUGAGCAAAGGACUUUCUGGAAUAUCUUUAGGAGCUUUGAUAGGUUAUGGGUGUUGUUGAUUUUGUUUUUUCAGGCUGCUGUUAUUGUUGCUUGGGAAGGGAGGAAGUUCCCAUGGCAGGCAUUGGAGAAUCGGGAUGUACAGGUGGAAUUGCUUACUGUUUUUAUUACUUGGUCUGGGCUGAGGUUUGUUCAAUCGGUACUUGAUGCUGGGACACAGUAUAGUUUGGUUUCAAGGGAGACAAUGUGGCUUGGCGUGAGGAUGGUGUUGAAAAGCAUGGUUGCUGUGACUUGGACUAUUGUGUUUGGGGUGUUUUAUGGGAGCAUUUGGAGCCAGAAGAAUUCCGAUGGGAGGUGGUCAUAUGAUGCAAAUCAAAGAAUUUUAGUGUUUCUUAAGGCCGCUUUGGUGUUUAUCAUCCCAGAGUUGCUGGCUUUAGUUCUUUUUAUUCUUCCAUGGAUUCGGAAUGUAAUUGAGGAAACAGACUGGAUGAUUUUGUACUUGUUCACAUGGUGGUUUCACAGUCGUAUCUUCGUGGGUCGGGGACUUAGGGAAGGGCUUGUUAACAAUAUAAAAUACACUUUGUUCUGGAUUGUAGUAUUGGCUUCAAAAUUCUCUUUCAGUUAUUUUUUCCAAAUCAAGCCCCUGGUUGGUCCAACAAAGGCACUUUUGGAGCUCAGGAAUAUUACAUACAGGUGGCAUGAAUUUUUCACUAACACCAAUAGAGUGGCUGUAGUGUUGUUGUGGGUUCCUGUUGUUUUGAUAUAUUUAGUGGAUUUGCAAAUCUGGUAUUCUGUUUUUUCCUCUUUGGUUGGGGCAGCUAUUGGGUUGUUCUCACAUUUAGGUGAGAUACGAAACCUCCAACAGCUAAGACUUAGAUUCCAGUUCUUUGCAAGUGCAUUGCAGUUUAACCUGAUGCCCGAGGGUAAGGCCGCAAUUUCACAGGCAACGUUGGUACACAAGCUCCGUGAUGCAAUCCAUCGGUUGAAGCUACGAUAUGGACUUGGGCAGCCUUACAACAAGAUUGAAUCAAGCCAGGUGGAAGCAACAAGGUUUGCCUUGAUAUGGAAUGAAAUAAUUAUAACUCUGAGGGAGGAAGAUCUCAUCAGUGAUCGAGAACUGGAACUAAUGGAACUGCCACCCAACAGUUGGGAUAUUAAGGUUGUACGGUGGCCAUGUUUCCUUCUUUGCAAUGAGCUUCUACUUGCUGUCAGCCAGGCAGGAGAACUGGCAGAUGCACCUGAUAGGUGGGUUUGGUUUAAGAUAUGCAAGAAUGAGUAUAGGCGCUGUGCAGUCAUUGAAGCUUAUGAUAGCGUCAAAUACUUGCUUCUUGAGAUUGUUAAAUACGGUACAGAUGAGCAUUCUAUUGUCACAAAAUUAUUCAUGGAAAUUGAUCACUACAUUCAGAUUGAAAAGUUCACAGGGACAUACAAGAUGGCCCUUCUAACUCCAAUACAUGAGCGGUUGACAUCUCUUAUUGAGAUUUUGAUCACACCUGAGAAAGAUACGAGUGCAGUGGUGAAUGUAUUGCAGGCCUUGUAUGAGCUUUCAGUGAGAGAAUUCCCAAGAGUGAAGAAGUCCAUCCUGCAGUUGAGGCAGGAAGGCUUAGUACCUCUUAAUGCUGCCACCGCUGAAGGGCUGCUUUUUGAAAAUGCUAUUCAGUUUCCAGAUGUAGAUGAUGCUUUCUUCUAUAGGCAGCUGCGGCGUUUGCAAACAAUCCUCACAUCUAGAGAUUCAAUGCAUAAUGUCCCAAAAAACAUCGAGGCAAGAAGGCGUAUUUCUUUUUUUAGCAAUUCACUCUUUAUGAACAUUCCGCGUGCUCCCCAUGUUGAGAAAAUGUUGGCUUUUAGUGUUCUAACUCCUUACUAUGAUGAAGAAGUCUUGUACGGCAAAGAAAUGCUGAGGAGUCCAAACGAAGAUGGUGUCUCCACCCUGUUUUAUCUGCAGAAAAUCUAUGAAGAUGAGUGGACGAAUUUUAUGGAGCGGAUGCAUAGAGAGGGCAUGGAGAAUGACAAUGAUAUCUGGACUGUCAACGCAAGGGAUCUACGUCUUUGGGCAUCAUACAGAGGCCAGACACUAUCCCGUACUGUGAGGGGAAUGAUGUAUUACUACAGGGCUCUGAAGAUGCUUGCUUUUCUCGAUUCUGCAUCUGAAAUGGAUAUAAGGCAGGGAUCACAAGAAAUUGCUUCGCUUGGCUCACUAACGCAGAGCAACAGUUUGGGUGGUCUAGGGUCAGGUAUGCCACCAACUUCCCGAAAUCUCAACAGAGCAAGUAGUGGUGUGAGUCUUUUGUAUAAAGGGCAUGAGUUUGGAUGUGCUUUGAUGAAAUAUACUUAUGUUGUUACCUGCCAGAUGUAUGGACAUCAAAAGGGUAAAGGAGACUCUCGUGCUGAGGAUAUUUUAUACCUGAUGAAGAACAACGAGACCCUGCGGGUUGCGUAUGUUGAUGAGGUUCACUUGGGGAGAGAAGAGGUUGAGUAUUAUUCUGUUCUAGUGAAGUAUGAUCAGCAACUGAAGAGAGAGGUGGAGAUCUAUCGCAUAAAGCUGCCUGGUCCUCUGAAGCUUGGGGAGGGCAAACCAGAGAAUCAGAACCACGCCAUUAUCUUCACUCGAGGUGAUGCAGUUCAGACCAUUGACAUGAACCAGGACAACUACUUUGAGGAGGCACUCAAGAUGCGAAAUUUAUUGGAGGAGUUCAAAAGAUUUUAUGGUAUCCGGAGGCCCACCAUUUUGGGAGUUCGAGAAAAUAUCUUUACUGGUUCAGUUUCUUCACUUGCGCGGUUCAUGUCUUCUCAGGAGAUGAGUUUUGUAACACUUGGGCAGCGAGUGCUGGCAAAUCCUCUUAAGAUUCGAAUGCACUAUGGUCAUCCAGAUGUGUUUGAUAGGUUCUGGUUUCUGACACGGGGUGGCAUCAGCAAGGCUUCUAGAGUGAUCAAUAUUAGUGAGGAUAUAUUUGCUGGCUUUAAUUGCACACUGCGGGGUGGAAAUGUGACACAUCAUGAAUACAUACAAGUGGGAAAAGGAAGGGAUGUAGGGUUGAAUCAGAUCUCCAUGUUUGAGGCCAAAGUUGCUAGUGGCAACGGUGAGCAGGUUUUGAGCAGAGAUGUAUAUAGGUUGGGACAUAGACUGGACUUCUUCCGUAUGCUUUCAUUCUUCUAUACAACUGUGGGAUUCUUCUUCAACACAAUGAUGAUGGUAAUCAUGGUCUAUACAUUCCUGUGGGGCAGGAUUUAUCUUGCACUCAGUGGUGUUGAGGGAGCUGCCACGGGCAACGCUGGCAACAAUAAAGCCCUUGGUACAAUCUUGAACCAGCAGUUCGUUAUCCAGAUUGGUGCGUUCACUGCCCUCCCUAUGAUUGUGGAGAACUCUUUAGAGAAUGGAUUCCUUCCAGCAGUUUGGGAUUUUAUAACAAUGCAAUUCCAGCUCUCUUCACUCUUUUACACUUUUUCUAUGGGAACUCGUUCGCAUUUCUUUGGCCGAACAAUUCUUCAUGGUGGUGCCAAGUAUCGAGCCACAGGGCGUGGUUUUGUUGUACAGCACAAGAGCUUUACUGAGAACUUUAGGUUAUAUGCCCGCAGCCAUUUUGUGAAGGCAAUUGAGCUUGGCGUGAUUCUAAUAGUGUAUGCUUCACAUAGCCCCUUGGCUACUUCGAAUACCUUUGUUUACAUAGUUAUGAAUAUCUCAAGUUGGUUUCUCGUGGUGUCGUGGAUAAUGGCCCCUUUUGUGUUCAACCCUUCCGGCUUCGACUGGUUAAAGACUGUGUAUGACUUUGAUGAUUUCAUGAAUUGGAUAUGGUUUAGCGGGGUUUUUACAAAAGCGGAUCAAUGCUGGGAAGCUUGGUGGUACGAGGAACAGGACCACUUGAGAACAACUGGUCUCUGGGGAAAGUUGUUGGAGAUAAUUUUAGAUCUUCGUUUCUUCUUUUUCCAGUAUGGCAUUGUAUACCAGUUGAACAUAAGUGGUGGUAAAACCAAUAUUUCUGUUUACUUGCUAUCUUGGAUAUACAUGGUAGUGGCUGUAGCAAUUUAUAUUGUUAUUGCAUAUGCGCGGGAUAAAUAUGCAGCAAAGGAACACAUCUACUAUCGGCUGAUUCAGUUCCUCGUGGUUUUUCUCAUGAUACUUGUGAUAGUUCUAUUGCUGGAGUUCACCCGAUUUGAAUUCCUUGAUCUUUUGACAAGUCUGAUGGCGUUCAUCCCUACAGGAUGGGGGAUUAUACUUAUUGCCCUGGUGCUCAGGCCUUUUCUGCAGGCAACUGUGGUGUGGGAGACUAUUGUAGCGUUGGCACGUCUUUAUGAUAUGCUGUUUGGCUUGAUUGUUAUGGCUCCUCUGGCCUUGCUAUCAUGGUUGCCUGGGUUUCAAUCAAUGCAGACAAGGAUCCUAUUCAAUGAAGGUUUCAGCAGGGGCCUCCAGAUAUCUCGUAUUCUGACGGGCAAAAAAUCCAACAUUGACACGUGAUGAGGUAGUAUCCUUUUUUCAAGUCUAUUAAUAUAAUCUGCAGGAUUGUUCAGGGUAUAUGUGUGAGCUCACUGCUUUAACUGCAUCUUGCUAGAUAUGUGUGCACAUGCUGAAAUAUGAGAUUUAACUGCUAAUAACAUUCUAUAUCUGAAUAAGGAAGACACUUGCUGACACUUCUAUGUGACAUAAAUCAUUUUUCGGUUGAGCUACUGUCUCAAACUUCAAUUUAUUAAUGAUGUUGAAUAUUGAUUGUCAUGUAAGAAGUCCUAGUGGGCCAGUCUUGAUGAGUUCGGCAAAUGUAAUACGAGCAUAAAAAUAUAAUACAUGCCUAUUAGACUGGGGAAACGGAUUUGGCCAUAUACUUCUACAUUUAGUUCCAAGUUUCGAAUUUCAUCUCUCUCCCUAUCCACCCUCUUUCAGAAUACUUUUCCAUCUUCCAAAAGUCUCAUCUUGGUGACAACAGUGCUGAGCAGGCCAUUCUAACUCCUGUUACUGCUUAAGCAGGAAAGAUUAGUGCUAUUUUACAUGUAUCUUUCGUGAGGGUUUCCGACAGAAUAGCCAACUGCCUUCAAGUUCCUUGACACUUGCACUAUAAUUGCUUAACCAACAAAUGCCAUUACCGAUAGGUUACUCUUCAAUAGUCCCUAUUGUGUGAAGAUGCAAAAGAGAAUCCAUAUGCUCUCCACGUAGCUGGUGGUAGGCAGGCACGCAAACACGUAAGAGAACAUUUUGACAUCUACACUUCACCCCCUCGUAAUAGCCCCUAUGCGCAUAACCCUCUCAAGAUUUGAAAAUGUCUACAUAAUCAUCAAUAUAGUUUAUGGACUAAAGUGCAUCGCUACACUUUCAAUCCUACGAGCUGUGUGAUUCACGCGCAGUAGGUGAGACUUUCCAUAAAAAAUUCCUAAUGUAAGACCCUCAGUCCCUCUCUCGCCCCCAGACAUAUGAGCCACCUCUUCAUCAUUAGCCACCCCGUCCUCUUUCCUCCUGUCCAGCCAGUUCGCUGCCCACAAGUAGACCAAUCUAUGGGUCACAUUUUAAUCCAAAUCUGCUCCAAAUAUGAAUCCGAUUAGUUAGAUAUGUAUUGAUUUUUUUACUGAUUAUGGAAAUACGAAUUCAGAUCCGUUCUAUCAUACUCAUGUAUUUAGAUUUAUCAAUAUCUGGUCUGAUCAUAGUUCAGCCCAAGUUUUUUAUAAAUGUAUGCUAAUAUAUUAUGUCAUUAAAUGAUUACAUGAUAAAAUGGAGUUAAAUUUAGAUGUAGUUUGCUAAAAUCAACUCUCAUUAAGUUGAUUGGAUCGGAUCGUUUGGAUAGUCAGAUCAAGUGUUUGAAUUUUGACAGACAUAUGGACUAUGCAAAUAAAUUUUUUCAGAAAAUUGGAUUAGAUUGGGAUAAAUAGAAAUCCAAUCUCAAUCUGAUCUGUUGGCAACCCUAUAACUAACCAGUUGUCUUUCUGCUUUUCAUCUUUCCUCUUUCUCAUUGUCUCUCAUCUUAACCCGCAACCCUCACCCCUGCCUCCUCGGCAUCUACCACCCCGAAUAAGCCCCGGCCAGAAACACCUGGGCUCUAACCCUUUACCCUCGUUGGUAACCCUAGUUCUUAUCUGACCCCAUUGCUUUGGUUGAGCCCAAAUCAGAUCCCUUUGCUAGGAGUCCUCCUGCGUUGUCAAUUGCCUGAGCCAUCUCCACAUAUCUUGUAAGAGUUGACGAUUGAGUUGCUGAUGUUGCUCUUAAAAGACCCACCACUUCAAGGAUGUUGCUGGUGUUGCUAUAGGCAGCCUAACCCUCAACUGGGUCAUAGAUUUGAUUUUAGCUUUUGAAUGGGUCCCAAGAACUUGACUCCUGAUGAAUACUCCUCUGAGCUGCUAGUACAAGAGCCAAAAUUUUGAAAAAUUAAUGGGUUAGGUUCUGAUUGCAGAGUCGUCGUGAUUGGGGAUAUGCAUGAGUUGUUAACAGUUGCUGGUUAGCGUGUGUAUAAUCAGUAGUUUGUGUCAACAAUUUGCUUACCAAUUUGUCCAGUUCUAUGAUUUGGGCAGAUUUAGCAAUGAGGGGCGCUACUGGCGUUAAGGGGUAGGGGUGGGGUCCAUCGCAAAAGAAAGAGAGAUGGUUAUGGUCAUUGCGCCUUUAACAUUAAUGGAGUUAGUGCUGUAUUCUAGUCCACACACCCCUUUAGAGUUAUACGGCUUUUUUAAAUGUUGUGGGUUAUUUGCAUAGGCAGUGUGCCCUAGGGAGGUAAAGAGAAGUUUGCACAAAAUUUGAAUCCUUGGGGGAACUUUUACUUGAGAGAUCAUUCGUCCUUUUCUGAUAAUUUUGCUAUGUAUUUAAAUAUCACCCAAGUCGAGGUUUCGAAUCCUUAUGUAGGGGAUUGAUGGAGAAAACAAAGUCAAUAGCAAAAAAAAUUGGAUUGCAUUUGGAAAGUAAUAUGCAUUGAUUUACUUCUUCAAAAAAGAGUGUAAUAUAAUCUAAAAGGGGAGAGGACAACAGUUGUAUUCAUAUUCUCCAUGGAUUAUCAGUUUAUUAACAUACACAAAUGGUAAUGACACUUUAUCUAAUCUAAAAGA